AUGCCGAGGGAAGGCAUCUUCCUGAACGAGAAGGGCUUCUGUGUCGCUCGCUGCAAGGUCAGUGCAGACGGAAUCGUGUCGGUCAGCGAGACGACGGAUGAGGACUUCAGAGAGCUAUGUGGGUCUAGGUGGUAUUCGUUUCGAGAUGCCUGA